AUGAACUCCAAGCUCAAUAGGAACAUAGCUUCAUACAAUGACGCCAUUGAAAGGUCCUGUCUGGCGGAUAACGACCUCAUAUAUAUCCGACAUAGACUCUUGUCAGAAGAUCGAUCGCUAUACAAGCCUGACGGGAUCCAUAUCAAACCCGACACAGGCGUCAGGCUUUUGGUAGCGGACGUCAAACGUACACUUCGGCACCAACGGGAAGCUCAUGCUGUAAAUCGGACAGACAGACAGGACAGAAACCCGACAUCACAACACAGGAACCCAGGGAGAAACGGUGCAUCAGUGUCGUACCGCACACAAUCCGACCGACACCAGCCAUUGGGACCCCGGCAGGAACCUCCAAGGAAGCCCGUGCAGCCUGACAGACGACCUUCGCCAGGGCCCCUGCGGAUGCCUCAGAGGAACCCGCCACUGCUGUUUCCCUGGAACCAGGUACCCCCAUCACCUCCACAGUGGAACCACAAGACUGGACCGUCGUUUGCUGAGACUGGGGACAAGCGUCAAACUGUGGAGACACUUAUGAACAUGUUGGCAGACUUCCUGAGACACUAA